UUUUCGCUUUUACAAACACAUGUUUAAAAUAACUUUCACCAUCUAGCCAAUCAAUUAUUUAAUUUCAUGGACAAAAUUUUGUUUUAAGCAUCAUCCUCAAGUUCUAAUUGGUUUAUUUUAGUGUAUUUUGUUACGUUUGGAGUCAUGCACCUCAAUAGUGACUUAGAAAAAUGUACAGAAACAACAAAAGAAACAACAGACAAGUCUACGGAAUUAUUUCCAGUGAUUGGUAAAGUUAAGAAAGGCAUAGGCCGAAGACUUCAAGCUCCCUUACCAAAAUGGUUCCAAGACUAUUAUCCAUUUUCAAAAGAUGUAAGUGCUAUUGAUUACCAAGUGGAUUGCCUGAAUCACCUCUUGGAGGAUAAAGUGUUGGAUAUUUGUAAAAAAAGCAUCGAAAACUUCUUUCCUGUACAAAGAGCUGCUAUUCCAGUAAUCAUUGAUGUUUUGAGCUGUAACAACUUUCAUAGAGGUCGAGAUGUUUGUGUUUCUUCACCUACGGGUUCUGGAAAAACGUUGUCUUUUGUAAUUCCAAUAGUUCAAACUCUGAUUAAUCGUGUUGAAGUAAAGUUGAGAGCAAUCAUAAUUUUGCCUGUUCGUGAUUUAGCUCAACAAGUAUACAAAGUUCUUGAAGAUUUUGCCAAACCUUGUGGACUGAAAGCAACUUUAUCCGUAGGUCAUCGUUCUUUUCAAGAAGAUUUGAAUUGCAUCAUCAAAGAAGUUUCUCCGGGAAAAUAUAGAUGGUUAAUUGAUGUCUUAGUCACUACACCAAGUCGUCUCAUUGACUUGAUUCAUAAUUGUGCCGGUUUCGAUUUAUCUUCAUUACAAAUACUCGUACUUGAUGAAGUGGACCGCCUGCUGGACUUUGAUAUCGAGUAUAAUUUGGUUCAAGAAAUUGAUGAAGCUGUUUAUGGUGCUAAAGGUCGUGUUCCAUGUCUUUGUUGUAGCACUGAAACAUUAGAUUCAUCAAAGGGUAUUAGAGGAUGCACAUGCCUUGUAUCUGGAUGUUCCUUUCAAAAUUACUCACCAUCAUGGCAGCCAUAUAUUAAAUUGAUAUUUUCUGCAACCCUAGCCAAAGACACCGACAAUUUAUUUAAGCUUAACCUUUUCAAACCUAUUGUUUUGAUGGGAAUAGACUCUAAUAAUCCAACUGAAGCUCCUUUAUCAAAGGAAAAAGAUGUGCAUAAAAUGGCUAAAAACAUUCUCCCUGCUGAGUUGAAGGAAAAGUUUUUAAUCGUUCCGUCCAUGAAAAAACCUCUAGCUUUCUGGUACAUGAUAACUAAUCUCAAAUACCGUCGAGUUCUUUGUUUCACUAGGACCAUUAAACACUCUCGUCUUCUUACUGAUAUUCUGAAAAAAGUAGACUCUCUAAAAGUGUUCAACAUUUCAUCAAAGUUAUCUGAUGAAAGUCGAUCCAAAGUUAUUGAAAAAUUUAAAAAUGGUGAUUACGAUAUUAUCAUAACAACUGAUAUAAUGGCUCGUGGAAUCGACAUCGAAGGAAUAGAUUAUGUUAUAUCGUAUGACGUUCCUUUCGAUGAGAUCCAGUAUGUUCAUCGUGUUGGCAGAACUGCUAGAGCUGGACGUCCAGGAACUGCUAUUACAAUUCUGUCUCACGAUCAGGUUAAGAGAUUUCACAUACUCAUGAGGAAAAUUCAUCUUAAAGAAGAUCUUAAAACUAAAAUUACUAAGAUGAACAUUGAGACAAGAAAGUUGAAUAAAUUGAAAUCAAAAUUCCGUAAAGCCUCAAAUUUACUGCGACAAGAAAACAAUUUAGAAACUUGGAAAAAAGUGAAAAGGAAAAAAGCAAUUGCAUGGAAAGCGUUGGGCGCUAAUAAACAAUCGGAAUCCAGCGACAAAAGCCUUAAACAGAAACAAGCUAAAUAAAUUAUUAAAUUUGCUUGCAAUAAAUAAUUUUGAAAUAAUACAAUUUAUAUAAAAAAUAAAACAACUUUAUUUUCAACAAUUCA